AAAGAGGUGUCAGAGUGGUCUAGCUGCUAUUUAUAAACCCUGCAGCUUCAUUCUUUCUGCACGUGCUCAGCAGGGUCGGCAAACUGCAUGCUCAGGCAUCCAGGAAGUGACAUCAUUCUGUUCAAGCUCAGUCAAUCUGGAAAGCGCCCUCGUGUGGAGUGGGACAACUACUGACGGGAAUUGUGUGUGUGUGUGUGUUGGUGUGCAUGUGUGUGUCUUAUACGGCUGGGGAGCAACGGAGGGCUGGCUAGUUCUCCGUCAGACCCCCUCUAACCCUCGCUGAAACACUACCACACCGUGAAGGGCAGUGGAGGACACACACCAGGCUUGUGCAACGGGCUUCAGCAGCAUGGAGAGCAGAGCCGCCACAUCUACAGGACAGGACAGCCAGAGAAACUGAUCAGCCAAUCCAACAGCAGGAGUCGGCUGGAGAAGAGGAGUCUGCAGGAGGACCUGGACUGGUAGGAGCAAGACGAACUCCUCUGUUCUGCUGGGAUUGUCUGAUGUGUUUGAUCUGGUUCCAGGAGGGAAAAUGUAUCUACUUUCAUCUUGUCUCUUUUACGGGUUCUUUUCAGUUUGAUCACGCUGUGCUGUUUGGAUUACAGUACUGACUGAUUUGGGAUAUCAUUUAUUUGGAUUACGUUGAUAUCCAGAGACAGUGAUCGUUGCCAGUGUAGUGUAGGAACUGUGUGUCUUAAAGUCUGUCCAUCUAGCUUCGGAAUGGCCUUUUGUCAGAACUCGCUGACUGUAAAGUCAUUACAAAAAGAUUCCUCAAGUCAUUCUUUAAGAGUUCUCCCACAGGUGACCCCAACAGAAGAACUACACUGACAUUCCAGCCUUAUAAUCUGGUAAAUGAUCCAAGUUCCUGUUGGAAUCAUCAGCUGUGAGCCAGACGUGAUGUGUUUUUAUGUGCGCAUAAAGUAAAGUUUUGCACGACUGUAUAGAAGCACAAGCGAUUUGGGGAAUAUCUGAAAGAUUGUGUCAGACCGCGGUGGCAAGAUUCUGCUUAUGAAAUCCCUCCUUGGCUUUCCCCUGGACUUGUUGUGACCUUUAUCCCCUCACAGACAAGCACAACAGCAGCCCUGUUUGGGAAAUCAUGGGGAAUGUGUUCAAGUGCUGUCCAAUGUUGGGAGGCUUCUUUCGGUGUCAGACGGCUCCACAAGACGGGGAUGCAGAACGGUCUCCUCUGCUGUCUGAAGAGGGCAGCGAAUGUGAGACCCUAUGGGACGACGCAGAACAGGAUCUACUAACAAACCCCACUCUGGAACAAGGUCAUUUCCUGUUUCCCGACAUAGUCCUCAGCAGUAGCCUUGGAGUGGAUGUGGCCGUGGUCGACCCAUCGGUGUGUCUGCUGGUGACGAAGGACGACCAGGCGAGAGGGGCGGGAUCGACCGUGCGGGGGGAUGAGAGGACAGAUGGAGAGCCAGUGGAAGGAAUGGAUGGAGGAAGAGAGAGGCUGUGCUCUGAGGUGGAGACGCAAACAGAGUCUGGGAUGGAGGCAGGGAUGGAGGCACAGACACAAACAGAGGCACAGACAGAGACACAGACACAAGCAGACUAUCUCAUGGAGACAGAUAAUAAGAUGGACACGAACACCCAAAGCCUGAGACACAAAGCAAAAGAGUCCUACUGUUUGUCAGACGUACAGAACCAGUUAGAUAUAAUAGGGAUACAAGCAGAAAAAUGCAAAACAUCCCAAACACAGACACACACUCAAUUACUGGCAGUGACUGAACUGAGCACUGUCAACACAGACCAGACAACAGCUCUCUCUGAACCAAUUGUUGACCAGAUGGAAAAGAAGACUGUCCUGACAAAGGAGUGUGCAGAUGAGAGUGAGUGGAGUCAUGUCCUGACAGUGCAAACGGCCUCCCAGAUAGAACAGAAUGAAGACCAGACCAAACAGAACACUGUCCAAAUGGAACGGAACACUGACCAGACACAACAGAACAUGGAACUCACAGAACCAAGCCAAGUCCUGAUGGAACAAACCAUAGAUUUGAGAGAAUAUUGUGGAGCCAAGGAUCAGAUGGAACCAAGUAUAGGUAAAACCAAACAGAAUACUUCCCAGACAGAACAGAUUAUUGACCCUGGAGACCUGAACACUCCCCAAGCUGAACAGAUAACUGACCCUGGAUACCUGGACACUGACCAGAUUGAACAGAGAACUGACCCUGGAUACCUGGACACUGACCAGACUGAACAGAAAACUGACCCUGGAGAUCUGGACACUGACCAGACUGGACAGAGAACUGACCCUGGAUACCUGGACACUGACCAGACUGAACAAGACACGGAGCAGGUAAGCCCAGAUGCUGAGGAGUUGAAACAGGCUGCUGAGAGAGAAGACCAGGCUGGGACAGGUGUGGAUGCAGGUGAGGAGGAUGGCGUCGCAGAGUCCAAACAGAUAACCUUGUUUAUGGUGGACAAGCUGUUUCUGGCUGCUCCACACAUCACAGGGCCCACCAGUGUUAACCAACCAGAUGAAGAACCAAAGGACAAGGGGACGAAUGCAGAUGAAGGGGAGGAGAUUAGCAUCCAGGAAGUGAUCCGUCUGCAGGAAGAGGGGUUUACUGUUAGGAUCCAGGCACCAGGAUCAGAAACAUUUGAUCUCCAGGUGUCAGGUCAGAUGCUGGUGUUGGAGUUGCAGCAGGUGCUGUUGGACCAUGAGCUCACCUGUCACCGCACCUGUUUCUCCCUGCAGCUUGAGGGGGCUACGCUGGACGGCCUCACCGAACUGCGCUCCAUUCCAAGCCUGCUGGAGGGGGCGCUCCUCAAAGUAGUGGAGGAUCCUUACACUGUGCGUGACGCUCGCCUCCACCUGCGACAUGUUCGUGACCUGCUGAGGGGCCUGGAUCCUACCGAUGCACACAACGGCCUCAACGGCAGCUCACUCUCUUACCUGGGCCUCUACACACAGGGAGACAUGGAGACAGGAGCACGGAAGGGCCCUGGGCAAGAUUCCCCCAACUACACCCCCCCUGAUUACAUCCUUCCUGGGAGUAAGGACCGCCCACUCAUGCCACUGCAGCCAAUGAGAGAAGAUUGGAGGCCGUUGCAGUGCCUGCGGGUCCUGACAGUGAGCAGCUGGAACCCUCCUCCAGGAAACAGGAAGAUGCACGGGGACCUGAUGUAUCUGAACGCCGUCACUGUGGAGGACAAACACCUCAGCAUCACUGCCUCCACACGAGGCUUCUACCUCAACCAAUCGACUGCCUUUACCUUUAACCCCAAGCCAGCUGCACCCAAGUUCCUUUGCCAUUCCCUUGUGGAAUUGCUUAGUCAGGUGAGCCCCACCUUCAGGAAGAACUUUAACACCCUGCAGAAGAUGAGGGUCCUUCGGCACCCCUAUGAGAGAAUAGCCACGCCCUUCCAGGUGUUCACCUGGACAGCCCCCCUGGGAGACCACACCCUGAACUGUGUGAGAGCUGAGGAGACCCACACCAGCCGCAUGGGGCAGGAUGAAAACACGGCUGGACAGAGUCGAGACUGGAAUGAAGAGUUGCAGGCGGGGAGAGAACUCCCCAGACAGAACCUUCAGGAACGCCUACUCAGAGAGAGGACUUUAUUUAAGACAAACAGCGACUUUCUCGCUGCUGCAAGGCGAGGUGCCAUGGCAGUGGUUGACGGUAACGUCAUGGCGAUAAACCCGGGGGAGGAGCCCCGUAUGCAAAUGUUCAUCUGGAACAGCUUGUUUUUCAGCCUGGGUUUUGAUGUGCGUGACCACUACCACUCCCUAGGGGGCGACGCUGCUGCCCACGCUGCCGCCACCUGUGACCUGAGAGGAGUGCAGGCUUAUGCAGCUCUCGAUACAGACGGUCUCCAUACACUAGGAACCGCUGUACUGGAUUACCGUGGUUACCGUGUAACCGCCCAAACGAUUGUCCCUGGAAUUCUGGAUAAGGAUCAGGAGCAGAGUGUGGUCUAUGGGUCUAAUGAUUAUGGAAAGACUAUCGUCACACAUCCCAGAUUUGUAGAGCUUCUAAACAGCACCAGUGGGCCAAUGAGGAUUAAGCGUCACCUGGUGCUUGACCAUACCCAUCUCCCUGUGGAACUCUGUUCCUCUGUCGAGACCAAGGGCAUUCUGGGAAACGAUGGAAGACAUUACAUCCUUGACCUCAUACGCUCCUACCCACCUGACCUCAACUUCCUGUUCUUGGAGGAAGGGGAGGAGCUACAAGAGGACUGCCACCGCCCUGGUUUCCCACGGCAACACCCGCACAGCCUGGCCAGUCUGAGACCAGAGCUGCUGGAGGCUUUUGUCCAACACAGGUAUGAAGUUUUCCUCGAGAUGGUUGCCUCCGGGCUCAACCAAGAGGAAGUGUCUCAAGAAGAGACAGGGAAUGGCACUCAAGCAGAUAGGAGACUGGCUGAAGGUGGGAGCCUGGCUGAAGGUGGGAGACUGGCUGAAGGUGGGAGACUGGCUGAAGGUGGGAGACUGGCUGAAGGUGGGAGACUGGCUGAAGGUGGGAGCCUGGCUGAAAGUGGGAGACUGGCUGAAGGUGGGAGACUGGCUGAAGGUGGGAGACUGGCUGAAGGUGGGAGCCUGGCUGAAGGUGGGAGCCUGGCUGAAGGUGGGAGACUGGCUGAAGGUGGGAGCCUGGCUGAAGGUGGGAGCCUGGCUGAAGGUGGGAGCCUGGCUGAAGGUGGGAGACUGGCUGAAGGUGGGAGCCUGGCUGAAGGUGGGAGACUGGCUGAAGGUGGGAGCCUGGCUGAAGGUGGGAGCCUGUCGAUGGACCAGGCCACAGCUCUGGAGUCAGCAGAAACAGCAGGAUUCAGAACCGGCGCAGAUACUCGCAAAAGAGUGGUGAUCCAGAAGGCUUGUGAGGCUGUUGGCUCAGUCAGUGACUCCUGCUUUGAUAUCAGAUUCAACCCUAACAUCAUCUCUUCUGGGGUGCGUUUCCCAGCAGAACUGUCUGAGGACGUUCAGAAACAAAGGCAGUUGUUAAAAGAUGUUGCUGUCUUCUUGCUAUCCAAUCAGAUUCCAUCACUGAUAAGGGACUGUCUGGAUUAUACGGUGGUGGUGAUGGAUGGAGGUACCCUGACUGCAGAGCUUCAUGAGCGGGGUGUGAAUGUACGUUACCUGGGCACUUUGCUGGAGCAACUGGAGAACACUGGGGAGGGAAAGAGGCUCGGGCAUUUGCAGAGAGUUGCCAUUGGUGAGGUGAUUAUCAGGAGUGCCAAACACAUUUUCAAGACGUAUCUACAGGGUGUUGAGCCCUCAGCCCUAUCCGCAGCUGUCAGCCACUUCCUGAACUGCCUCCUGAGUUCCUCUUCCUCAUCCUCUGACUCCGCCUCCUUCGUGCCACCAGAUGAGCUUCUGUCCCGUCGCAGGAGCCGCCGGCGUCGUAGCCAUGGAAAUCGAGUUUCCAUGGUUACAGAUGUCGUCUGGGCAAGGCUGACUCCCAGUGACCUCUGGAGUAAGAUCAAUACUGAGGCAGAGCGGUACUACCACUACAGACUGUGCUGUGAGAACAUAGAUAAGGCAAUUGAAAAGUACAGUCUACAGAAGAUCUCCCUGCUCAGGGAGAUGGCCAUCAAAACAGGCAUCCAGGUGCAGUUGAGGGAGUAUGUGUUUGAGUCUCGGCAUAGGCCAGUGUUUAGUGAGGAGGAUGUCAUCAACAUGUUUCCUGUGGUCAAACACCUCAGCCCUACAGACUCUGACGCAACACAGCUGAUACAGCAAUCCCAGGCCACCAUACAUCAAGGGCUCCUUAAGGAGGGCUGUGAGUUGAUAAGACAAGCUCUCACCUUGUUCAGCAGUGUGUGUGGGGUUCUGCACAAGGACGUGAGCAUUUGCCUGCGUCUGCUUGGACGACUCUGCUAUUUAAUCGGAGAUUUUACUGAGGCCCUCAGUCAUCAGGAGAAGGCUGCCCUCAUCACUGAGAGAGUGCAGGGCAUAGAUCACCCUCAGACCAUACAGGAUUAUACUCAUCUGGCCCUGUACUGCUUCGCCGGGGGUCAGAUCUCUACCUCCCUGCGUCUGCUCUAUCGCGCUCGCUACCUCUCUCUGCUUGUGGUUGGAGAAGACCACCCACAGGUGGCGCUGUUGGACAGUAUGUUGGGUUUGGUGUUGCAUGGGCUGUUGGAGUAUGACCUUUCGCUGAGGUUCCUACAGAAUGCCUUAACCCUCACCUUAAAAUACCAUGGUACAACAUCUCUUAAACACGCACAGAGUUAUCACUUGCUAGCUAUGGUAUUUGAAAGCAAGGGAGACUUCCGCUCAGCUCUGCAACAUGAGAAGGAGGCUUAUUCCAUAUACAAGAACCAAGUAGGGGACAGCCAUGGGAGUGCCCGAGAGAGCUCAGAGUACCUGGAGAGUCUGACCCAGCAGGCAGUGACUCUCCAGAGAGCCAUUAACCAUAUCUACAGUAGCGUCUCAAGCACCUGCCUCACACCACUGAAGUUUUCCACUCCCAGACUCCCUGUGGUUCUUCAACAGCUCAAUCUUGUCUGUGGGAUCAUCCUGGUUCCACUCAGCAACAAGGACCUUAAGCAGCUGAGGGCGGAGUUGAAGGGGAACAGAGAAGAGGGACAUGCUCUGAUUCAAGAGCUGGAUGGUCUUAUGGACAAAUUAUCUGUACGUGCCUGACCACAACACAAUAUAUGCUUUGGUAGAUGGAUGCACUACUAAACAAUUUACAACCUUUACACAUGCAUAUCUAUGCAUAAUAAGGACUGUCAUCCCAAUACAGUAAACACUGUUAAAAAGGAAGACUUUUCAUUUGAGAGACAUUUUCAUUAGUUUUAUUUCAUUUAAGAGACUGGUGUAAGAAUGUAAUGAACUAAUGUGUAUAAACGAUGUGCUCUAGUCUCAACUGACAGCCAAAUAGAAUGACUAAGUUACUAUUCAGAAUAACUGUAAAGGGGAGGAACUUCAGUAGAACUGUAGAAGGCACAUUUAGUACAUUGGCGUGUGAAAUAAACUGGAAAGGAGAACAUGUGUACCAUACAGUGUUUACCGUGUUCAUCUGAGUAGGUCUCUUGGCCACUUGUUACAAUGGAUGUUGGUUGGAUAAAAUGUAAGAAAAAAACACUAUGCAAAAGGCUGUUCUGAUUUUCCUAACUGUUAAGUAAUUCUUACUGACCUCUUGAAAUUAUUGACUUGGUUAACUUUGGGACACAAUUCUCAUU